ACCAACCCUACCAUUAGCGUCCUUCUCUUUUUCUCUCUUUCUCUUUCUCUCUGUUUUGCCUGGUCUUGGCGUUUCUCGCACCUGCUUGGACCAGGUCCUCUCCCUUCUCUGUCAUCGCUCUUACAAUAGCCGAAGGAAGAGGUGACAAAAGAGGGAAAAGAAAGAGAGAGAGUAACUAACCAUGGCUCAACCAACCACCAACGGCGAUCUGAAUCAGCAGGCUCAGCAGCCGCAGCAGCAGUGGGCGCAGCCGCAUCAGUAUCAGCAACAAUGGAUGGCCAUGCAGUACCCUGCCACCGCCAUGGCCAUGAUGCAGCAGCAGAUGAUGAUGUACCCGCAGCAUUACAUGCCUUAUGUUCACCACCAUUACCAGCCGCAACAGCCGCCGCCUCCGCCGCACCACCACCACCACCACCAUAAACAAGCCUCCUCCGAUGAGAUCAGGACCAUCUGGCUCGGCGACCUUCACCAUUGGAUGGACGAGAACUACCUCCAUAACUGCUUUGCUCACACAGGCGAGGUUGUGUCAGCCAAGGUCAUACGAAAUAAGCAAACGGGUCAGUCGGAGGGAUAUGGAUUUGUGGAAUUCUAUUCGCGACCAACGGCUGAGAAAAUUUUGCAAAACUAUAACGGUACGAUGAUGCCAAAUACGGACCAGGCAUUUCGUCUGAAUUGGGCUACAUUCAGUGCGGGUGAAAGGCGUCCUGAUGCUACUUCUGAUCUCUCUAUAUUUGUGGGGGACUUGGCCAUAGAUGUUACUGAUGCUAUGCUGCAAGAGACUUUUGCUAGCAGAUAUUCAUCUAUCAAAGGAGCUAAAGUUGUCAUUGAUUCGAAUACUGGCCGUUCAAAAGGCUAUGGUUUUGUUAGGUUUGGUGAUGAAAAUGAGAGAACAAGAGCAAUGACUGAAAUGAAUGGUGUUUAUUGUUCUAGUAGACCCAUGAGAAUAGGUGUUGCGACGCCCAAGAAAACUUAUGGCUAUCAACAACAAUAUUCUUCACAAGCUGUAGUGUUGGCUGGUGGACACUCAUCUAAUGGUGCUGUGGUCCAAGGUUCCCAGUCUGAAGGAGAUUUAAACAACACAACUAUAUUUGUUGGAGGGCUUGAUUCUGAUAUUAGUGAUGAGGAUCUCAGACAACCAUUUUUGCAAUUUGGUGAUGUUGUCUCUGUGAAAAUUCCAGUUGGUAAAGGUUGUGGUUUUGUUCAAUUUGCUGACAGAAAGAAUGCUGAGGAAGCAAUUCAGGCACUGAAUGGAACAAUAAUUGGGAAGCAGACAGUGCGUCUUUCUUGGGGCCGCAGUCCAGGAAAUAAGCAUUGGAGGACUGAUUCCAAUGGAAGCCACUAUGGUGGUCAGGGUUAUGGAGGCCAUGGAUUUGCUGCGAGACAGAAUCAGGAUAUAGCCAUGCAACCAGCUGCUGCAAUUCAAGGGGCUUCCUGACGGCGCUUAGCAGAGCUCGGUAUUGAAGUGAGUAGGAUGGAUUUUAUUGCUCUUUCGAGUAAACUGUAGUAUUAUUUUAAUGUUUGUAGUUGGGUUAUACAGUAUGUCAGGUUCUUAAGAUUGUAUUGAAAUGUCUGAAAUUUUGGAUUGAACCCGACCAUAUAAUAUGACUCGGGUAUUUUUGUUUUUGUUUUAUUAACCUUCAAACGUAUUGGUAGCGGACAGCCAUGAUUAUUUUAAAUACUUAUCUCUACAAUACAAUGUAACCGCUUGCAAAAGGUCCAUGUGGAGGCUAAAUCUUAAACUUAUGUUGAUUCCG